ACACUUUACUUAAAGUUUAAUUAAGUUGUUGCUUAAAUCCGAAAUCUAUGGUAACUUUUGUACAGUAUUGACCAAGAUUGUGUGACAUAUUACUGACACGUGUCUUCUUCUUCAACUGCCAUCAUCAAAACACUUCAUUCUGAUUCUAUUGCAUCAUCACUUUCUUCCAACUUCUGCAUUUCUAAAUCAUCAUCAUCAUCUUAGAACUACAUCAACAACAAGGUAUUUACCUAGUAAAUUAGCUUGUUGAUAGUUACUUUGUUGUGAGGUUUGGAGAAAGAUUUUAUCGAUUCGCAAUGCGAGGAAGACAACGAGUAGCAUCAAGGGAAUUCAUAACUGCGUAUGAUAUUAAAGAUGAAAAUCCAGCUUCAGUGCGUGUACCGGGUCCCAGGCCUUGUUGGCGGCGCUCUUUGCGGCAUGUAAUAGUGGCUUCUCUUUCCUCAUUCUUAUAUGGCUAUCAUGUUGGAGUAGUUAAUGAAACCUUAGAGAGCAUUUCUAUAGAUCUAGGCUUUAGCGGAAAUACAUUGGCUGAAGGUCUUGUAGUAAGUAUAUGUUUAGGAGGUGCUUUUAUUGGAUCUCUAUUCAGUGGGUGGAUCGCAGAUGGGGUUGGGCGUAGAAGAAGUUUCCAGUUGUGUGCUUUGCCUAUGAUCAUUGGAGCAAUAAUGAGUGCAACAUCAACAUCCCUCUGGGGCAUGCUUUUAGGAAGGUUAUUUGUUGGUACUGGAAUGGGACUUGGCCCACCUGUUGCAGCUCUUUAUGUGGCUGAGGUCUCACCUCCAGCUGUGCGCGGUACUUUUGGGGGCUUAACGCAAAUUGCAACAUGUCUUGGACUCAUGGGGUCUCUCUUUAUAGGAAUCCCAGCCAAAGAAAUAGUCGGUUGGUGGCGGAUUUGUUUCUGGGUAUCUGUCAUCCCCUCUACUGCUCUUGCUCUUUUCAUGGAGAUCUGUGCAGAGAGUCCUUAUUGGCUUUUCAAGAGAGGAAGAACCAUUGAAGCUGAAGCUGAAUUUGAGAAGCUGUUAGGAGGACUACAUGUGAAACCUGCAAUGAAUGACCUUACAAAAUCUGACAGAGGUGAUGAGUCUAGCGGAAUAAAAAUCUCAGAAUUAUUGUUUGGCUGCCAUGCCAGAGUGAUGUUCAUUGGAUCUACGCUUUUUGCUUUGCAGCAACUGUCCGGCAUAAAUGCUGUUUUCUAUUUCUCUUCAGCUGUCUUUGAAAGCUUUGGUGUACCAUCUAAGUUGGGAAACACGUGUGUUGGAAUUUGCAAUUUAUUGGGUUCGAUUAUUUCAAUGAUUCUGAUGGAUAAACUUGGAAGGAAAGUGCUUCUCCUUGGUAGCUUUUUAGGCAUGGCAGUAACAAUGGGUCUACAAGUCAUAGCUGCAAGUCCUUAUGCAUCGAUAUUUGGAGGGAUGUAUCUAUCAGUGGGCGGCAUGUUGCUGUAUGUGCUAUCAUUUGCUCUCGGUGCUGGUCCGGUUCCUUGUCUCCUCAUGUCCGAAAUAUUACCUGGCAAGAUCAGAGCCAAGGCAAUGGCAAUAUGCUUGGCUGUACAUUGGGUGAUAAAUUUCUUCGUCGGUCUAUUAUUUUUGCGCAUGCUGGAACAACUGGGGGCACAACUCUUGUACAGUAUUUUUGGUUCAUUUUGUUUGUUGGCUGUGCUUUUUGUGAAGAAAUAUGUUCUGGAAACAAAAGGGAAGUCACUGCAGGAAAUUGAGAUUGCACUUCUUGCACAAGAAGCAACCUAAAUAAAUGAACAAAAAGGGGGUCAUAUGGAUAUGAGGUAUAGGCAUAUUUCCAUUUGUUGAAUGAGUUGUAGAAAUAUUUUUGAUGAAUGAAAAAGAUAAAGAAAAUACUUCUUUAACAUAAAAUUUGGCCAUUGCAUUUGCUUACAUGUUAAGCUUUUGCAUGACUUGUAAAACAAGUAAGACUGUAAGAGACUGUACAUCACGAGUAAUUGUUCUAUGUUUGACAAGGCAAAUUAAGAGUUGAGAACUAGCUCAAAAUUCCAAAA